AUGGAGUGGUGGACCCAUCUGUGGCUGAACGAGGGCUUUGCGUCGUGGAUAGAGUAUCUCUGCGUGGACCACUGCUUCCCGGAGUACGACAUCUGGACCCAGUUUGUGUCCGCGGACUACACCCGGGCGCUGGACCUGGACGCUUUGGACAGCAGCCAUCCCAUCGAGGUAAACGUGGGCGCACCCUCGGAAGUGGACGAGAGUUUUGACGCCAUCCCUCGUACAGCAAAGGAGCGUCCGUGA